AGUCCCAAAAGCCUUUUAGCAUACACACAGAAGCAACCACGGCACAGUUCACACAGUCACACUUCACACACUGCUGCCAUCUGAGUUCACAGCACCAUGUCCAGUAUAGCUAACCACUUGGCCAGGAGGAAAGCUAGGGAGGAAGGUGAAGGUAGCAACGACAAGGCCAUCCCCUUUAACAAGCAAGACUUCCAGACCCUGAGGAGAGAGUGUCUGGAGAGCGGGAAACUCUUCAGUGACACAUCCUUCCCUGCUGAUUGGAACUCUCUUGGGUACAAUGAGUUGGGUCGCUACUCUUCAAAAACCCGGGGCGUGGAGUGGAAAAGACCAAAGGAGUUGUGCUCAAACCCUCAGUUCAUUGUUGAAGGAGCCACGAGAACUGACAUCUGCCAAGGGGCUUUGGGUGACUGUUGGUUGCUGGCAGCCCUUGCCUCUCUUACCUUGGACAAAGACAUCUUGGCUCGAGUGGUACCCCCUGGGCAGAGCUUUGAUGAGAAUUAUGCGGGCAUCUUUCACUUCCAGUUUUGGCAGUAUGGACAGUGGGUGGAUGUUGUGAUUGACGAUAGGCUGCCCACAAGAGAGGGGAAACUGCUGUUUGUUCACUCAGCUGAGGGCUCAGAGUAUUGGAGCGCCCUGCUGGAGAAGGCCUAUGCUAAAGUCAACAGUUCCUAUGAGGCCUUGUCUGGGGGCUCCACCACAGAAGGCUUUGAGGACUUCACUGGGGGCAUCGCUGAGACAUAUAAUCUUGGCAAGGCCCCACAAUGCCUGUUCAAAAUCAUGAAGAAGGCCCUGGGGCUGGGUUCUCUUUUGGGCUGCUCCAUUGAUAUAACAAGUGCGUACGAGACGGAGGCAGUUACUGGUCAGAAGCUGGUGAAGGGGCAUGCGUACUCAAUCACUGCAGCAGAAGAGGUACACCUGCAUGGGACUCCAGUUGAGCUGGUGAGGAUCAGAAACCCCUGGGGUCAGGUGGAGUGGACGGGUGCCUGGAGCGAUGAUUCCAGGGAAUGGGAUGGAGUACGACCGGAGGAGAAAGCCAAGCUAGACCACUCUGCAGAAGAUGGAGAGUUUUGGAUGGCCUACUCUGAUUUCCUAAGGCAGUACUCCAAGCUGGAGAUCUGCAACCUGACUCCAGACACACUGGUCAGUGAUGAAGUGGGUCGCUGGAACCACUACCAGUUUGAGGGGAUGUGGAGGGUAGGCUCUACCGCUGGAGGAUGCAGGAACCAUGCAGCCACAUUCUGCUCUAACCCCCAGUUUGCCAUUAAAUUGGAUGAUGUGGAUGAUGACCCUCAUGAUGGCAAGGAUGGCUGCACCUUCUUGGUGGGCCUCAUGCAAAAAGACAGCCGCAAAGAGAGGAGAUUCAGCCGGGACCUCAACACCAUUGGCUUUUCAAUAUACCAGGUUCCUGAUGAGUAUAAGGGCCGCACCAACAUCCACCUGGGCCCAGAUGUGCUGCUGAGACAGAAGUCUGUGGCAAUGAGCAAUACCUUCAUCAACCUGCGGGAGAUCUGUGACCGCUUCAAGUUGCCCCCCGGGGAGUACGUCAUCAUCCCCUCCACGUUUGAGCCGCACAAGAAGGGCAGCUUCCUCUUGAGAGUCUUCGCAGAGAAGCAUGCUGCCACCAGUCCAAUGGAAGAGGAUAUCAGUGUGGAAGUUGACGAGCCUGAUAUCACAGAGGGUGAUGUGGAUCCCUACUUCAAACGUCUAUUCUUGCAGAUUGCUGGAAGCGAUUCCGAAGUUUCUGCCUUUGAACUUCAAAAGAUUUUAAACAGAGUGGUAACUCAGAGAUCUCACGUCAAAACUGAUGGAUUUAGCCUCGAGACCUGUCGUCACAUCAUCAGUCUGUUGGAUAUGGAUGGCAAUGCAAAGUUGGGCCUGGUUGAGUUCCAUACUGUGUGGACUAAGAUCCAGAAGUAUUUGGAAAUCUUCAAAAGUCACGACUCUGACAACUCUGGCACGAUGAGCACCCACGAGAUGAGGGAGGCGUUGACUGAAGCAGGAUUUCAGCUUAACAGCGAGGUGCUCCAGCUAAUUGUGUCCCGCUACGCUAACUCAGAUUACUCCAUGGACUUUGACUGCUUCAUGGGCUGCCUGAUACGACUGGAAAUGCUAUUUAAAAUGUUCAAAACACUUGACAAACAUGACAGUGGGAAGAUCGAAUUGGAUGCAUUGCAGUGGGUCUGCCUGGGCCUCAAUUAAGAUUCCAGAGAUAAUAAUCUACUACAGGGAUAGAUGAAGACAUACAACUCAAUUGCAUUGGACUCUACGGCAAAAAUUUCUCAAUGUGUUAUUUUACUGUUGCUUUUAUUGAAUGAGACUUGGACAAAAUAAUUUAUAGGGCUCUUGUCUACAAUAGCCUAUGGAUCACUCUACACCAGGGUUGGGGACAAUCAGAUUGAAAAAAAUAUUUUAUAUUUUACCAUAAAACAUAUUGAGACCUAGGUCUCUUAUUCAAAUGUGCCCUGCGCAAUACAACAACAAAAAUAUACACAUUAUGGGAAGCACAAGUAAAACAU